AAAGGUUGGUGAUGAUCAAUUAAACUUUAUCACGUCGUCGAAUAUUGUAUUUGAAAUGUCAAACCAACAUUAUGUUAAUCUGGCCAAUGAUGUUGUUGGAAUGAUUAAUGAACAAAAUGAGGCAUAUGUCCCAUCACGAGUCUCUUACACAUCUUCUUCUCAGGCCUCUGCUUCUCCUGUUUCCAGCAACGCCAGUCGCCAACCAAAUUUACCUCCUGCCAGUCAGGCUAAUAGCUCUUUAGAAAUUAUUGAAGGUCAUGAUGAAAUAUUUGAUCCACCGCCAAACUCGGAUUACGAAUGCCCCAUAUGCAUGAUGCUACUUCGCAAUCCAGUACAAACGAUUUGCGGUCAUCGGUUCUGUAACGGAUGCAUGAAUCAGCACAUACGAUUAAACGGCGCGAAAUGCCCUUCAGAUAAUCAACAGCUCAAUACAAACGAGAUAUACGCCGAUAACUUUGCCAAAAGAGAAAUCAAUCAGCUAAAUGUCAAAUGCCGUACACUAAAAAAUAACAAAGAAUGUCCAUGGAAUGGUCCCCUAAAAAAUCUUGAGGUGAGUUAGAAUGUGUCGUUUUGUGAACCUUAAGGUAGUCGU